AUGAACUCCUUCGCGCAAUAUCCGGUUUAUAAUCGACCUUAUUCGUCCCCCAAGUCAGGCUAUCAUCUUCACCAUUCUCAUCACCCCCACGGCCUCGUGGACCAGCUCAAUGUUCCGCUGCAGAACUCGCACCGUGGAGUCAGCGGGCCGGCGGGCUACGACAUGUACGGCUCGGCGGAGGCCGCUGACGCGCAUGAGCAGCAGCAUCUUCUUCACCAUGGCUACCAGCAUCAUCUUCAUCACGGAGGAGUAUUCCCGCUGUGUCAGAACGGAACGUACGUGGAGCAGGCCUGCACCUCAGACGCAGACUUCCCGGGUCCCGCCGUCCAUCACUCCUCCUCCUCCUCCUCCUGCUCGUCCUCCUUCUACCAUCACGCAACUUUCCCCGCCGUCGGCCCGACCUACGGCGCCUUGGCGGGAAGCUACUGCGGGAACCAGGGCGCGCAUUUCCCGCCACCCGUGGACGCGGCGGGUUAUCUGCAGGGCCUUCUUCCCGCGGGAGGCUUCGGAGAAUCACCUGGUGCGUGUCAGGAAAGACUCAGGGAGGAGGAAGAACUUCUUCAUCACGGACCAACUUUUGAGUGGAUGAAGGUGAAGAGGAACCCGCCUAAAACAGUCAAAGUGUCGGACAUGAACAACGCCAAUAUGCGCACCAACUUCACCACGCGGCAGCUGACGGAACUGGAGAAGGAGUUCCACUUCAGCAAGUACUUGACGCGAGCUCGACGUGUGGAGAUCGCCGCCACGCUGGAGUUGAACGAGACGCAGGUGAAGAUCUGGUUCCAGAACCGACGCAUGAAGCAGAAGAAGCGCGAUAAGGAAGGAACGUCUGUGGGCAUCGCGUCCUCUUCUGCUAUUUCCUGUCAGCGCAGCAAGGAGCAGGACACCGACCAAUCAUCUGCCUCCUCGUCACCAGGAACCUCCCCUGAGUCCUGACAAGAACACUGUGUUACAUCAUCGCUUUGAUGACAAGACGAGUUACAUCCUCGCGUUGAUAACACGCCAUGUUACAUCAUCCCCUGGAUGGCACGACAUGUUACAUCAUUGCCCUGGCGAUACAACGUGUUACGUCAUCGCUUUGAUGAAAAGCCAUGUUACAUCAUCACUUUGAUGACACGCCAUGUUACAUCGUCGCCUGGAUUACACAAUGCGUUACAUCAUCGUUUUGAUGACAAAACAUGUUACAUCAUCGCCUAGGAGAUAUAUGUUACGUCAUCGCUUUGAUGACACAACGUGUACAUCAUCACUUUUGUGGCACGCCGUGUUACGUUAUCGCCUUGAUGACAAGGUAUCUUAAACCAUCACCUCAAUGACACGACAUGUUACAUCAUUGCUUUGAUGACACGUCGUGUUACAUUAUCGUCUUGAUGACUUGUCGUGUUACAUAAUCGCCUUGAUGACACGUCACGUUACAUCAUCGCUUUGAUGACACAACGUGUUACAUUAUUGCUUUGAUGACACAAAGUGUUACAUCAUCGCUUUGAUGACACCAUGUUACAUACUCGCUUUGAUGACACAAUGUGUUACGUCAUUGCUUUGAUGACACAACGUAUUGCAUCUCUUUGAUGACACAACAUAUAACAUAAUCGCGUUUAUAACAGUGUGUUACGUCAUCUCUUUGAUGUAACACAACAUCAUCGCCUUGAUGACAUGUUAUGUUACAUCAUCGCUUUGGUGACACGUGUUACAUCAUCGCAUUGAUGACACAACUUGUUACAUCAUUGCUUUGAUGACACAACGUGUUACAUUAUCGCCUUCAUGGCGCGGCGUGUUACGUCGUUGCUUUGAUGCCACGUCGUGUUACAUCAGCGCCUUUUUGACACAACGUGGUACGUCAUCGCUUUGAUGAUAUGGUGUGUAACAUCAUCGCUUUGAUGACACAUCGUGUUACAUCAUCAUCUUGAUGACACAACAUGUUACAUAAUCGCAUUCAUGACGCGGCUUGUUACAUCAUCACUUUAAUGACACGUUGUGUUACAUCAUCGCCUCAUCGCCACUCAGGAUGUCUCACUUUGUGCACUUACACUUUUGAGUGCAUAUUGUAAGAAGUACACACCGUAAGAAGUAAACACUGUAAGAAGUAAACACUUUAAGAAGUAAACACUGUAAGACGUACACACUGAGUAAUGAGUACACACUGUAAGAAGUACACGCUGUAAAAAGUACACACUGUAAGAAGUACACGCUGAAUGAUGAGUGCACUGUACUCGGUGGUCACCAUUUUGGUGUCAGCACUAAUGUGAGUGGUUGCAAUUCAGCGUUAAAAAGGUAGAAAAGUAUUUAAAUGUUUCCAGUAGGACUUUUUUUAUUUGUAACAAUUUGUGAAAAUUGUGGGUCAAUUUGGAAUGGCGAUGUGAAUCAUCUUUCCAUGCACUCGUUAAACACACACUUUUGACAAAAGUUGUUUCUCUAGCAACUCUCAGGAUGUCAGACAUGAUUUCAUUUCUUUGUCAUCACAUUCAUCAGCAAUGUGGAAUAUUUAUAAAGUAUUUUCACUCAUGAGGUUAUUUAAAGAAAAAAAAAAUGUUGAGGGAGUUAUUACCAAAAUAUUGUUUAGUUUUUAGUAUCUUUGGAAUACAGAAGUAUUAAUAUUCUCUAUAAAACUAAUAUUCACAAUGAAAUGAAUAUUCACAAUAAAAUUAAUAUGCACAAUAAAAUUAGUAUUCACAAUAAAAUAAUAUUCACCAAAAAAAUUGAUAUUCACGUGUAAAUUAAUAUUCACAAUAAAAUAAUAUUCACCAUGAAAUUGAUAUUCACAUUAAAAUAAGAUUCACAAUUAAUUAAUAUUCACGAUAAAAAUUAUAUUGUACAUUCAAUCUAUAUUCACAAUAAAAAUUAAUAUUCUCAAUUAGAUUGACAUUCACAAUUACAUUUAUAUUCUAAAUUAAAUUAAUAUUCACAGUAAA